UAAAUCGUAUCUUGUUUAUUUAUCUUUAUCCGUCUCUCGUAACAUAGCACACGUGCCCUAUUUUUCCGAUGUUCUAUUUCCCUUACAAGAUCGGAGCACAAAUAUGUGGCCUUACUUCGCUGUCAUUUCUGCUUUCCAUCCACGUUCUUAUUGCUUCGAAGAAGAAGAGCAGUACAGAGGCCCUCUCCCUCUCCCUCUGAUUCUGCAAUGUCAAUGGCUUUACCUUUACUUAUCAUCAGAGAUGACUGUGACGAGAGCAGAACCGAAAAGCCCUCUGUUUCCCUCUCCUCCUCACUUGAAUCCUUUCUCAAAGCCGCGGUCGGCAUGAAGGAAGAGGUGGUGGAAAACACAUGGAGGAAAAGUGAAGGUGGGACGGAGGAUCCUACUCUCUACACCGGCUUGUUAGGAACAGCAUUCACUUGCUUGCUCUCUCACAGGGCUACCGGAAACGGGGAGGACCUCCAAAUCGCAUCUGAUAUUGUGGACACUUGCACCGUGGUCGUCAGGACCACCAAGAGGCGCGUUGCAUUCCUAUGCGGGAGAGCUGGGGUUUAUGUCCUUGGAGCUAUGGUUGCUAAUUACAGAGACGACCAGUAUCGACGUGAAUUGUUCCUUAAUCUCUUCUGUGAGGUAGUAGAAGAGAGAGCCCUACCAGCAGGCCCCGGAGAAGGAGUUUUAGGCAUGCCUUACGAGCUUCUAUUUGGGUGGGCUGGUUUCCUCUGGUCCGCCCUUUUCAUAAACAAGCACCUUGGAGAUGGAACAAUCCCUCAGAGCCUUCUGAUGCCCAUCGUGGAGGCGGUGAUCUCUGGGGGACGCAUCGGGGCCACACACACCACCUGCCCACUCAUGUACCAGUGGCAUGGCACGCAUUACUGGGGCGCCGCCCAGGACUUGGCAGGCAUUAUGCACGUCCUCCUCCACUUCCCCCUCUCUCAGGACCUCUCCGACGUAAAUGGAACACUUACAUAUAUGAUCAAGAACCGGCUUCCCCAUUCUAAGAACUACCCCUCGAGUCAGGGCAAUGGGAGGGAUAGCCUGGUUCAAUGGUCUCGUGGGGUUGGAGGAGUUUGCUUAGCUCUCUGUAAAGCCGCCUAGGUUUUUGGAAAUGAUGCAAGGUUUCGUGCUACUCCCAUUGAUGCGAGCGAGGUAGUGUUGAAGAAGGGAGUGGGGCAGAACUGUCUCUUGUCUCUUGGCGACAGUGAGAGCGGGAACGCCUAUGCCUUUCUUUCAGUCCAUCGGCUAACAGGGGAGGAAGUCCAUUUGGAGAGGGCAAAGGCCUUCGGCGGGUGGGUUUCCCAAAAGCUAAUGAUAGGUGCACAGUCGCAAGGCGGUGACAAGCCCUAUUCUCUAUUCCAGGGUUUGACAGGGGCCGCUUGCCUAUGCUUCGACCUCUCCACGCCCAUGGCUUCUAGGUUCCCUGGAUUUGAGCUCUAGCAUGCGCAACACUCUUGACAUGGCUCACCUAAGUUAUUCAUCUUGGGUGAUGGACUGUGAGCCAUGCUAUUCAUGUUGAGUAGUGGACUGUGAAAAAAACAUUGGUAUAUAAAAAACCUUGUAACGGGUGAAAAACUUGAAUCAUAGCUAACGGGUGAAAAUCUUGGAUCAUAGCUCAAAGAUCGAUGAUUAUCGUUUGUUUUUAAGAAAAAACUUCGAGGAUUUGAACCCUUGACCUUUCCUAAUAACUGAUGUCUAUCUCAAAGCCCAAGUUCAAGAUACUUUUGUAGUCGUUGGGCCUGAAACUGUUUGGAGUUUGGAUAUAAAUUUAUAUUGA